GCUUCCUGUAUUUUGAAGAAGCUUCAAGCUUGCUGCUUUACUUCAUGACUUUCUUUUGAAUGAAUCCUUUUAGUCUGACGUGAAACUUGUAAAUCUUCAAUGGGAUUUCUCUCACUCAUCGUCUUCCUAAUUUUCACUUCAAUGGCGAAUUCAGAUAAUCUCCAACAAAGCAUCAUUCUUGAAUGCCUUUCGAAUCAUUCAAUAGCUUCCCCUUCAAUCGCUUCGGUUACUUACUUCCCUACCCAUCCUUCCUACACAUCCACUCUACAAUCAUACAUACGAAACCUCAGAUUCAUCUCUCCCACUACCCCUCAGCCUCUCUUCAUCGUGGCGGCCUCCCAUGUUUCUCACAUCCAAGCUUCCAUCAUUUGCUGCAAAACCCACGGAUUUGAAAUGAGAAUCCGCAGCGGCGGACACGAUUACGAUGGACUUUCGUAUGUCUCAGAAUCCCCAUUCAUGAUCCUCGACUUGUUCAAUCUUCGAUCCGUAAGUGUCAAUUUAGAGGAUGGGAAUGGAACUGCUUGGGUUGAUUCAGGUGUCACUUUGGGUGAACUCUUCUAUGCAAUCGGUCAAAAAAGCAAGACCCAUGGUUUCCCCGCCGGUGUUUGUCCGACAGUAGGUGUUGGUGGUCAUUUUAGCGGCGGCGGAUAUGGUAACAUGAUGAGGAAACAUGGGUUGUCUGUCGAUAAUGUUGUCGAUGCGAAACUGGUUGAUGUCGGUGGCAAUGUUUUGGAUCGAGAAUCAAUGGGGGAGGAUCUGUUUUGGGCGAUCAGAGGAGGUGGUGGAGCUAGCUUUGGAGUUAUACUUUCAUGGAAAAUCAAGUUAGUUUCUGUCCCUGAAAUUGUUACUGUUUUUAGAAUUGAGAAGACAUUAGAGCAAGGUGCAACUGAUAUGGUUCAUCAAUGGCAAUAUAUAGCUGAUAAGAUAGAUGAAAAUUUGUUCAUUAGAGUUGUUCUGUUACCGGUGAAUAAAAAGCAUUUGCAGUCCAUUAAAGCUAAGUUCAUUGGAUUGUUUCUUGGUAAUGCUAAAGAACUGAUUUCAGUCAUGAAUGAACAUUUCCCAGAAUUGGGUUUAUUGACUGAGAAUUGUAUUGAAACGAGUUGGAUCGAGUCGAUACUGUUUUGGUCUAAUUAUCCCAUUGGAACAUCCAUGGAAGUGUUGCUUGAGAGACAACCUCAACAAGAAAAGUACUUGAAGAAGAAAUCGGAUUACGUGCAGGAACCGAUUUCGAAAGAGAAUCUCCAAGGGAUUUGGAAGAAAAUGAUUGAACUCAAAAGACCUGCAUUGACAUUGAAUCCUUAUGGUGGGAAAAUGAGUGACAUUCAGGAGUCCGAUACCCCGUUUCCUCAUAGAGCAGGGAACAUAUAUAAAAUCCAAUACUCGGUCACCUGGAAAGACGAAGGCGACGAGGCAUUGAACCGGAGUUUAGAUCAGAUACGAAAGCUUUACGAGUAUAUGACACCUUAUGUGUCUAAGUCUCCCAGGAGUUCAUAUCUGAACUACAGAGAUGUGGACAUAGGGAUCAAUGAAAAUGGCAAUGCAAGCUACUCGGAGGCUGUUAUAUGGGGAAGAAAGUAUUUCAAAGGCAAUUUUGAUAGAUUGGUACAAGUGAAAAGUAAAGUUGAUCCAGGUAACUUCUUUAGAUAUGAACAAAGCAUUCCAUGCCUUGGAUCCUGGAAGAGUGCCCUUUCAGAAUAGAAAUCUGUUUUUAUUUGGAUAGCAGCUGCUUCAGCAUAU